AUGACCAAUUCUGACAAUCAUGCGGAUAUCAUAGAAGCUUGUGAGGGGGGUGUUUGUCGUCCGCGCGGAGUUGCAGACAAUGCACGUGCUUCCACUGCAAUCCCUACAGAAAGGGCAGAAAGUACGGAUAACAAACUGUCCAUUAAGAUCGACAUAAUUAGUGAUACGAUGUGUCCUUGGUGUUUUGUGGGAAAGCGAAAUCUCGAAACUGCACUACGCAUGGUACCCGAGAUCUCAGCAGAGGUCAAUUGGCUCCCCUUUUUCUUGGACAAAAAUCUUCCAGAAGAAGGCAAGCUCGUCAAGGAUUAUUACAUACAAAACUACGGGGACCCAAACGCCGGAGAAAGAAUGAUGCCCCAUUUGAUACAGGCUGGUAAAAAGAGCGGGAUCGAAUUUGGCUCUGCUUUUGUCGAAGCAGAACGCUUGUUCCCUACGAUUCGAUCUCACCGCCUCAUCGAAUAUGCAAAACGACAAGGAAAGCAGAAUCAAAUGGUGGAAGAGCUUUUUCACAUAUACUAUGAAGAAGGGAAACGUUUAAAUUCAGUUUCCGACCUCGAAAAUGCUGCUAAUGCGGUGGGGCUCAACGGGGAUGUCAGAGCUUAUUUACUCAGUGACCAGGAUGAAAAAGAGGUAUUUGAGACAGCAGCCAAAAUUAAAAAGGAUGCCAGUGGUGUUCCGACGUUUUUGUUCUCGCGCUCUGACCUUCCUGAAAUGAAACCAGUGUCCUUUAGCGGAGGACAGCCCCCGACAUCAUUUCUGGCGAUUUUUAAGCAUCUGUCUACAGCUUCGGAUGACCAUAGCUAA